GCCUCAUCUGCAACCCAGCUCGCCUCAACUCGACCCGCGUGGCACCGGUUUUCUUCUUCUAUACCUGGGUGUUCGCUGAAGCGACACCAACCGGGAACCGACAUCAUCGGUCGCACUCAUUGGCCGCCCUGCCAGGCUUGUCGCGCGCACCCAGACACGCGGCAUCGCUCCGCUGUGCAUCUGCACUCAUCCUGGGAGCCUUCGUCUCUGUCUGACCCGCGCGCCGACCAAGAGCCGUACUCUGCGCGUCGCCGGCUGUUGGUUGCAUCUUGGGCUGGGGGCGGCGUGCUGUGCUGCUGGCUUGGGCUGCAUUCCAGGGCAUCACUAUCGCAGGCCGUGCACAAGUUAGAAGACGAUUACAUACCAUGGAGGACCUUCCAGAUGCCGAAGUCCCGCAUACAGACCCUGUGCCGCCCCGUUUCCACACGGGCCGGCUGCCCAACAGCAAGGCUGGCGAUGGAAAGCCGCGGUUGUUGCUCAUGGGCCAGCGAAGAAGCGGCAAGUCGUCGAUAUCCAGCGUAGUCUUCCACAAGCUGCCGCCUAGCGAGACGCUGUAUCUCGAGACGACCACCCGAAUCAAGAAGGAAUCCAUGCACUCGUUUAUGGACUUCCAAGUGUGGGAUUUCCCCGGCCAUCUCGACUACUUUGACCCGGCUUUCGAUGUGGACAACAUCUUUGAAGAGAUCGGAGCGCUCAUCUGGGUUAUCGAUGCUCAAGAUGAGUAUCUCGAAGCCAUCAUGCGUCUCAACACAACUAUACUCAACCUGCAGCACUCCUAUCCCAACAUCAACGUGGAAGUCUUUGUGCACAAGGUCGAUGGUCUUUCAGAAGAUUAUAAGGGCGAUACGUUCCGCGACAUCAUCCAGCGCGUUCAAGACGAACUCUCAGAUCACGGCUACGAGAACGCGCCAGUUUCCUUCUACCAGACCAGCAUCUACGACCACUCUAUCUUCGAAGCUUUUUCUAAAGUAAUUCAAAAGCUGAUCCCACAGCUCCCUACCCUCGAGGCGCUGCUCAACAGCCUGUGCAGCACGUGCCACAUCGAGAAGGCAUACUUAUUCGAUAUCAUGAGCAAGAUUUACAUCGCCACAGACACAAGCCCAACGGACAUCGGAAGCUACGAAAUAUGCUCCGACUACAUCGACGUCGUCAUAGAUGUUAGUGAGAUCUAUGGUUGGCCGCGCGGUGAGCAAAACGGCGAUGACGAAAGCCUCACAGAGACGGGCAAUAACGACGCCGAGAGUCUCAUCACAAUGGAGCGAAAGGGCAACAACUAUCUCUACCUGAGGGAGAUAAACAAAUAUCUCGCCCUGAUUUGCCUCAUGGGCGAUGACAGCCCUGCAGAGAAGAAGGCUGUUAUUGACUACAACGUGGGCGUGUUUCAGGCUGCGCUCAAACAGGUCUUUCCUCGCGCUGAGAGGGACGCCGUCGAUGCGCCAGCGACCUGAGCUAACUGUCCGCCUAUUCGCUGAAGCGCAUAGCACCUCUAAGUAGAUUGCAAAGUGUUGUCACGCAAUCGCUUGAAGGUAUGCUCUAUUUAAGGGUGAUCGUCACUUGUACGCGCAAGUGCUUCGGCCUAUUCAAGGGCAACAAAAGCGAAAACACAUUUGUAUCAUGAAAAGGCACUACGAGGUGGUAGUGAGCUGAAGGAUCAAAUCGAGCUGCUGAAGUAUGCUCGACAAAGAACCAAAUAUACUGUUUCUAUAAUCUCAAUUGCACUGCAAGGUCCUCACUUUGGG